CGGUGGGCGGGACGUUCCAUGAACAGGAAGUGUGACGUCACGUUUGUUUUGGAAGAAGCGAAGGGACUCAGGCGACGAGAAAAUGGGGGAAAACGUGGAAGAUUACAAGCUGAUAUUUGAGAAAGAGGGCGUGUACCUCCACAUAAACGCCAAGAGGAGCAUCCAGGAAACCAGCAUACCGGGAUUUAUUCGCAUUGUGGAACGGGCCGGACAGCCUGCUUUAGAGUGGAGCCCCCUGGAGGAUGAUGGUCGCAGUGCGCCUGCAGUCCUCUACAGCAAAAAGGAUGGCGAGGGAGGUGAGGAGGACACGAACUUUGACCCUGGGUACGAGCCUGACUGGGCGGUGAUCAGCACCGUGAAGAAGGAUCGCGAGCACGCCCCCAUGAAAGACUCAGGUCAGUGGGCGUUCUCCCUGCCUCUGUCGGAGCUGUACUCCCUCCGGAGGGCCCGCUUCUCUUUGGGUCGGAACUUCAUGGUGCUGACCAGCAGAGGAGGACACCCGCUUCCCCCUCUGCACUUCCACAGAGGUGGAACCAGGGAACUUCUGCGGGCUCUCCACCGUUACAUCGUCCUGGACCAGUCGCCUGUUGAUGGACGCCUCUUUCUCGUCUACCCACGCGAUUCGUCUUCAGCUGAUUUUGGUCCAUCUUUCGACAAACUGCACAUCCUGGAUGAUGGCUCCGAUAUCGUCACGAGGUUCAUCCACGACCCGUACGCCACUACGUUUGGGGGAUUCUCCAAGGUCACCAACUUCUUCCGCGCCGCCCUCCGGCCACCAGAUGCCGCUGUGUCGCGGAGUGGUCAGAAUCCGGGUCUGCCGUCACAGCCUGAUGACGAACCCGGGUUUGAGCUCAUCACCUGUGGCGUGGAGCUCGGUCCCAGGCCAGAAGUUACUCGAGGACGAGCUCUGGUCCAGUGGGAGGAGUUCCUGGACUCUGAAGGCCGGGUGAACGACCCAGAGAAAGUCAAAGACCUGGUGUUCAGAGGGGGCAUCGCUCCAAACCUCAGGAAAGAAGUGUGGAAGUUCCUCCUUGGUUUUUAUCCAUGGAAGAGCACCUCAAAGGAAAGAGAGGAAAUUCUUCGAGUCAAAACGGACGAGUACUUCAGGAUGAAGGUGCAGUGGAAGUCUGUGAGUGAAGAGCAGGAGAUGAGGAACUCCCUCCUCAGAGGCUACAGGAGCCUGAUAGAGCGGGACGUCAACAGGACGGACAGGAACAACACAUUCUUCUCCGGCAACGACAACCCGGGCCUGACUCUGCUCCACGACGUUCUGAUGACGUACUGCAUGUACAACUUCGAUCUCGGUUAUGUCCAGGGGAUGAGCGACCUCCUCGCUCCGAUUCUCUUUGUCACUCAGAACGAGGUGGAGUCCUUCUGGUGCCUGACUGGCUUCAUGGACCUGGUGCACCAGAACUUUGAGGAGUCGCAGGAGGCCAUGAAGCAGCAGCUCCUUCAGCUCAGCAUUCUUCUGAAGGCUCUGGACCCAGAGCUGUGCGACUUCCUGGAUUCACAGGACAGCGGCUCGCUUUGUUUCUGUUUCCGCUGGCUGCUCAUCUGGUUCAAGAGGGAGUUUUCUUUUGAAGACAUCCUCACAUUGUGGGAGGUCCUCUGGACUCGACUCCCGUGUGACAACUUCCACCUGCUGAUCGCCUGCUCCAUCCUCGAGUCGCAGCGCGGGGAGCUGAUCGGCUCCGACCACGACUUCAACACCAUCCUCAAGCAUAUUAACGAGCUGACGAUGAAGCUGGACCUGCAGACCGUCUUGCUGGACGCGGAGGCCAUCUACCGGCAGCUUGUUGGCUGCAAAGAUCUUCCCCGUCAGGUGAAGCAGGUGUUGGGUCUCUGCGGCCCGCCCAGCCCGGCGGAGGAAAGCUCAGACUCCCAGAGCAGCGAGAGCGAACGCCUCCUGGGUCAGGCAGAGGGAGGCGCUGCUUCGUCCCACGUUCCCUCCUACCCUUAAACCUCACCUCAGCUGGUCAAGAUAUUUAUACAUGACGUGAACAUUAACAAAUAUAAAGACUGUUCUUAUGGCUUUGAGAGGCAGGGGGCGCUGUGUGACCAUUCUACCCAUACAUACAGUGUUUUAUUUUUAGUGUCUUUUUUUUCUGUCCCUUGUUUCUGUUUUUCUUUUUUCCCAUUUGAUGCUGCUCUGUUACUCAUUAUUAAACUGUUUCCUGUUGUUAAUUUCCUUUAAAUGAAAGUUUUUGCUUUAUUUUUUCCCAGUGUGUCUGAAAAGCUAAGAAGAACGGUAACUAACUGGCAGCCCUGCGUUGGCGCUACAUGUUGCCAUUCUGGACCUAUGCAAAGUUUCUUGCAUGCCUUACAGUUUUCACUCUGCAUAGUUUCAUUUUAAAACUUUCUGUAACAAGUAAUUAUUGCAUUAUAAAAUAAAUGUUUAAAUCAUA